AGGAUGAAAUCCCUGCAAACCUAACCGUCGAUACCUCGAAGUAUGCCGAUGACUGCACACUCGAUCAAGCAGUUGGAGCCGGGGAAAUAAGCCAUGUCCAACAGGCUCUAGACAUUAUCCAAAAUUGGUCAGUGUCGAACAAAAUGACUAUCAACGUCAAAAAAACAAAGGACAUGUGGAUAUGCUUCACGGAAUCAGUAUUGGAACCUCCUCCUGUUUAUAUCG